GGAAAUCAAGGUGAUGGUGUUGUUGUUAAUAGGUUUCCUCCAGAUCAGUCAAGGUUGUGCUGAAAUCAGCUAAUAGUUCGGUCCGGAUAACUUAUUGAAACCGGGAGAUUUAUGAGGUGUAAAUAAGCUGUAUAAUAUAGGAGAUAAAAGUUACGAAUCGCAGCAAGUAGGAUGGCCGAUUUGUUGGAGCCUUUGUCGACGUCGGAGUACAUCAUCGACGAAGUUUUACGCUAUGGACUAUUUUUCGGUGCAAUUUUCCAGGCUGUUUGCAUAGCUGCUGCCAUUUGGCUACCUGCCAAAGAAGACCCAGAAGACGAAUCAGCGGCAUCUGGGCAGGGAGGUAGCAAAGGCGGGCCUACUCCGCCACCCCGCUCAAAAGGCGCAAAACACUCAGGAGACAGCAGUAGUAGCAAUAAGAAAAAGCGGCGUUGAAUAUUUUAUGAUCGCUCACACUGCGUCCUAGUAUCGACUCGUUCAUGAGCUGAAGUGCGUAUAUGGCCCUGCAGCACAACCUCAUGGAAAAUCCCUUCUUUCAAGUUGGGAACAGACGAGUUGUUAAGAGUUUUGCUUUUCUUAAAAAGAUUAUCACAUUUUUGCCUUUCAUGUCACGCCGAGCUAGUAUAGUCUCACGCUUUGCUGCUGGGAAACCUAUAUCAAGUGAUAUUGAGAUUUUCUAUUAAAUGUCGUUCGUGAAACGUCUAGAAUGUCAAUAAAAGGGAAAAUGUGCCCCGUAUAUAUAUUUUUUGUUCUAAUUAG